AUUCUCCUCUCCAAUCUUCCUAGAAUGGAGCUUCAACUGAAACUGCUCAUCUUCAUCUCUUCAAUUCUCACUUCCUUCACAAACUCCGUCCAAUCCGCCGAUUCCUGCAAUCCUACUUCCUGUGUUCCCGGCCAGCGACCGCUCGUCAGUCAUCCUUUCCGGCUGAAACUCCGGCAGCCGGAAAAUUGCAGUCUCCCUGGCUUCGACCUGCACUGCAACAGCCGGAACCAAACGAUCCUCCGCCUUCCGAAUUCCGGCGAUUUCGCCGUCCAAUUCAUCGAUUACAACCGCGGUAAGGUCUUCCUCGACGAUCCGGACGAUUGCCUCGCGAAUCGAACGGCGAAUUUCAGCGUCGCCGGAACGCCGUUCGUCGCCGAUCGGACGGAAUUUGACCUAUACAAUUGCUCGUCUCUGUCGGCGUACUUUUCGCCUUUCGAAUCGUUUGUGCGGCUGCCUUGCGGCGGCGUGGAUGGGGAAACGAACGGUACGGUUGUGGUGGCGGCGGUGAGGUCGGCUUCGGAGGCGGCACCGCCGCCGGAUGAUUGCCGGAAGUUCGGUAACGCUUCGAUUCCGUUGUGGACGGAUACUCGACUCUGGCUUGGGUCAGUCGUCGCUUUUCAGCUGAGUUGGAGCAUGCCGGCGACUGACGACGACCACGACCGUACGGUGUGCGGGUAUGGGUACGGGUACGGGUUCGGAUACCGGCCAGUGCCGGGUCAACCAAACAGAUGUCCCAGACCGCCGUCUGGACCGGGUCUUCCGAAAAGUGCCAAAUACGCCCUUGGAAUAGGAGUCGGAAUCCCGGCCCUAAUCUGCUUCGCAGGCCUGGCGUGCUACGGUUGUGGACUGGUCCGGGCUUCCCGCCGCCAGCAGCGCCUAGGAUCUCAGCUCCCGAUCGUCACGCGUUCUUAUGAGUCCAGCCCCAUCGCCGGCCUCGAUCAGCCUACCAUAGCCGCGUACCCCAUGACAGUUCUAGGGGAAAGCCGCCGCCUCCCCAAGCCGACCCACACCACUUGUCCGAUUUGCCUCUCCGAUUACGAACCUAAGGACGUCCUUCGGAGUAUUCCUGAGUGCAGUCACUAUUUUCACGCUAACUGCGUUGAUGAGUGGUUGAAGCUCAACGGUAGUUGUCCCGUCUGUAGGAGUUUGCCGGAAACUUCAUCCAGCGAUUCACCGUGUUCUUCGAUUCCGUCGUCGUCGUCAUCUCCGUUGCCGCCGAUCGACAGGUGUUUACAGGAAACUUCAUCCAGCGAUUCACCGUGUUCGUCGACACCGUCGUCGUCAUCUCCGUCGCCGCCGAUCGACAGCGAUUCGCCGCCGCCGCCGCCGCCGCCCCCGCUUGGCCGGUGAACGUCGCUACCCGAAAGUGUGCACUGGGUAAACCUCCGGUCGAACCGAAUACUCUGCAAACCAGGCCCGACGGAAAAGUCACACUAGGCAAAACAUGUGUGGCAGGUGACCUGAGGUGUCGGGGUUUGAACCCAUGACCUCACUGUCACGAGUACAACCUUAUCUCUUUAUUUGAGUUUAGGGGGAUUUAAAUGUUUUGGAAUAUGAAUUACUGAAAAGCAAAAUUUUAGAUGUAAUAUAUUAAGGGUGCGUUUGCCAAUUAGCUGAUAGCUUUUAACUGUUAGUUGAUUCAAUUAGUUGUUAGUUGUUAGCUGAUUUAAUUAACUGGAUUGACUAGUUGAUUCAAUUAGCGGUUUGUAUUAAAGUGUUUGGUAAAACAACUGUUUGACAUUAGUUGUUUAUACAUAAAAUAACUAUUAAGGA